AUGGUGAAGCUCGCUGAGCUGCUGGUACUCCUGGCGGCUCCUCUGGCCACGGCCUCGGGCUACUUCGUCAGCAUCAACAGGCAUGCCGAAGAGUGCUUCUUCGAGCGGUUCACCUCGGGCACUAAGAUGGGCCUCAUCUUCGAGGUGGCCGAGGGCGGCUUCCUGGACAUCAACGUGGAGAUUACAGGGCCUGACAAUAAGGGAAUUUAUAAAGGAGACCGAGAGUUCAGUGGGACGUACACAUUCGCAGCUCACAUGGAUGGAACAUACAAGUUUUGUUUCAGCAACAGGAUGUCUACUAUGACUCCGAAGAUAGUCCUGUUCACCACUGAUAUUGGGGAGGCCCCCAAAGGACAAGACAUGGAAACAGAAGCUCACCAGAACAAGCUCGAGGAGAUGAUUAAUGAGCUGGCAGUGGCCAUGACGGCUAUGAAGCACAAGCAGGAGUACAUGGAGGUCUGCGAGAGGAUACACGGAGCGAUCAAUGACAACACAAACAGCAGAGUGGUCCUUUGGUCCUUCUUUGAAGCUCUUGUUCUAGUUGCCAUGACAUUGGGGCAGAUCUACUACCUGAAGAGAUUUUUUUGAAGUCCGGAGGGUUGUUUAAAAAGCCUUUUCCUGAUGAUCUCAAAAUCAUAAUUCACUGUUUACCAAACAUCUUGGUCAUAAUAAUGUCAUUAGUUUCUACAUUUUUAUUUUCAGAACUGUACAUUCACAGCUUAUGUUUCUUUGUGAUUAAUAGAUAUUGGG